AUGCAAGCAUCGCUUUCUUCUCUCUUCCCGUUAAAUCCUCCAAAGAUCUGCCAAACUCAGACAAAGAAACUUCAGCAUAUGCUCAGCCCUCGUUGUUUUCUCUGGCUGGUAACCCGCCGCGAAUUUCCUUUCUCUUCAAUUCUCUUUUUCCCGAUCUGAACUCACCUUCUCGCAUUCAAUCGCACGGUUUAGCCACCAUCUCUCUGCAUUCUAUUCAGUUUUUACGGAUCUUUUGAUUACUGAAUUCAAUUCGUUCAAGACUUGUAGAAAGUUGACCACAACUCAUGCAUUUGAGAACAUGCAUCAAUUUAACUGCAUUAUUCUUGAAAAUUAGGAAUGGAAGUUCCACUUUUAAACAAGAAGCAUUGCCACUGAUGCUUUAAUCAAAUGCACUAGGUCACCCCCAUGAACAGUUCCUAUUGUUAUUUAUCCAUCAUGACAUCCAUCAAAAGUACAAGUGAUCCUGCAGAUAGUGUCCAAGAAGGUUAUGUGUUUCCGUUGGUGCUGGGUGAAAUGAAGGGUGCAAGUUUACCACUGCCGAGUGCAGCUAUAUUGCCUUCUCCCAUCUUGCCAUGGAGGUUUAAGAUUCGAUGGGAUUCAAUCAUGAGAAUGGGUGCAGAUUUACAGGAUUUGUUCUUAUAUGAGGCCUUCUUGUACUAUAACCCCCUUCUUCUUGUGACAAUGAUGGUUUAGCUCUGGGGAGUGAGCUUAUGGGUUUUCUCACAGGGCAGUGUUAAUUAUGCAAAAAAUUUUGAUCUUGAUCAAACUCAUCUUACUCACAAAGAUAUAUGGAAGCGUAGCAUUUGGAUGACCAUUAUUGUCCCAACUAGCAUGACAGCAUAUCUUUAUCCCUAUUCCCAUGGAGAAGUAUCAUUGGCUGCAUCACAACCAGUGUAGCAUCUGUCCUGCCCAUUAUACAAUUUUGUUGCAUUAUUUUUGCAACUGUUAAACUUUAUUGUACUCAUUCCACUUUAUUGUAUCAUUUGCUAAGGUAUGAAGCUGCAUCAUUUUUUGGUCCUUUGUUUUUGGUAUAUUUAAUUGAAAAGCUAUAGCUAGGGACAUAUUUAGGAAUGGUGUUGUGAAUCUGCACGGUCCUGGAGAAGCUCUAUUUUCCUGCAUUUUAGAUUCAGAUAGAUUGUAUGGCAUGGAAAGUACCAGCUUUCCUACUCUUUCAAACUUUUCUAUCCUAGGCUAAAGCUACGAUAUUGGAAUCAUUCAGUUCUGUGAAAGGAGCUUCAUUUCAUAAUGCACUUAUAAUUGUCAAUUGAGUGCAGGUAUUUUCAGAUUUGGAACGUUCAGUUUGCCAUAUGGUUCACCGCCAGAUCUUAAAAGGACGAAGAGGGGAAGAAGACGAAGACGAUAGAAACUGUCCGUCCUUGUUAGGAUUUUUGAUGCACAAGGGCUUAGGGUGCGCUUGGUUAGUGAGGAGACUUUUCUCCAUAGAUUCUCUAGGGUUAUUUUGGUAUUUUCAUAUUUUAAUACUACAAUAGAAGGAUAACAUUAGC